UUCGGCUGAAGCUCAAUCUAAAAUCAAAAUUACAACGAUAACUAUCGCCUGUUGAUCUUGUAUACUCUCUUAAAUUUAAAAGUUACUUCUUUUAGCACUAGAUCCUUUAAUUGUUUUUAUUUUUUUUAGUUUUCGAUUAUUAUUAAGUUUCAAGGUACAUUUGUAGAAUCUUCUUGCAAUGACUAAUAGUGACACCCUUGUGGUUUACUUCUUUGUAGUGGCCACUGUGGGUCUAGUGAUAUCGGUGAUCUGCGUGAAGGUUCCCCGAGUGCGAUUGUUUGCGGCGAAGCUGUACAAGAUCUAUGCGGAGUACACACCCGUGAUUUACUUGAGCGAGGAUCGAUUGACACCCGUUUCCAGGCGGCGACUGGCCCUCGUGGCCAGGAAGACCCUCGUGGUGGACAUGGACGAGACCCUGAUCACGUCGUGGAGCACAAGACAUGGCAGGAGGCGCAGGAAGAUGCCAACUGUGCCCCACGACUUCGAGUUCUACCUGCCGGAAACGAGGUCCGUGCACCUCGUCUACAAGCGUCCCUACGUGGACCAGUUCCUGGACCACGUGUCCAAGUGGUACGACCUGACCGUCUACACCGCCGGAGCCGAGUGCUACGCCUCGCCCAUCCUGGACUUCCUGGACAGGGGCAGGGGCAUCCUGAAGAAGCGCCUCUAUCGGGACAACUGCCUGGACGUGGCCGGUCUGCGGGCCAAGUACGUCUCGCUGGUCUCCCCGAACCUGUCCAGCGUCCUGCUCCUGGACGACUCGUGCGUGGAGUGCAGCUUCAACGCGGGCAACUCGGUGCACAUCAAGUCCUUUCGGGUCGGCAAGCGGGACCAGGCGCUCCUCGACCUGCUGCCCUUCCUGGACGCCCUGCGCUUCACCAGGGAUGUGCGGUCGGUCCUCCAGCGCUGCACCCGCUUCGACUGCCUCACCACCAAUCUGCUCAGUGUCACCGAGCGGAGAUCCUCGUCAGCUUCUUAGGUUUCUGUUUCCGUUUCGGUUUCGGUUUCGGUUUCUGUUUCAGUUGCAGUUGUGUUAAAAUUAAAAGCAUUAUUUGCUGGCUUA